AUGGUAAAAAUCACCAUGGUGACUCUCCACUGUCUUCUAGGAAAGUUUCGUGCAACCCUGAUGACCAAAGUACAGAUCCUAUCACUUAGGCUGCUGGGAAAAGCCAUCUUUGCAUUGUUCCCGGGCCCUUCUCUCCGCUGGCGGCAGACCGCUCGCCGCCUGCCUUCCCUCCCUCUCUCCAGCCGCCUUGGAACUCUCGCUUUCUCUUUGCCCGCGACACCCGCUCACCGGCGCCCCACCGUGUCAGACAUGGCCGUGGACACCGGCUCACAGAUCACCACCAAGGAUUUGAAGGAAAAGAAGGAAGUUGUGGAGGAGGCAGAGAAUGGAAGAGAAGACCCAGCCAAUGGGACUGCUAAUGAGGAAAAUGGGGAGCAGGAGGCUGACAAUGAGGUAGAAGAAGAAGAAGGUGGGGAGGAAGAGGAGGAGGAGGAAGAAGGUGAUGGUGAAGAAGAGGAUGGAGAUGAAGAUGAGGAGGUGGAGGCAGCUAUGGGCAAGUGGGCAGCUGAAGAUGAUGAGGAUGAUGAUGUUGAUACCAAGAAGCAGAAGACUGAUGAGGAUGACUAGACAGCAAAAAAGGAAAAGUUACUGAAAAAAGGCCACCGUG